UUUGAUACCAAAUGAUUCGCUAGUUUGGCUUAGUAUCUACUUCAAAAACAAUAAUUAAACCACGUUCAAGGAGGCGCUCGAAGCUCAACUUGACAAUGACACAUCAUAUUUCAUGGGAUUCAAAAAAAUGGAUUUUUACAAGCGAAAACGAAACACGAAUCGUCCACCUAUUUCGUGCACAAUUAUGGAGCUGAUAGUUGGCAAAAGUCACGAAUCAUGCUAGAUUCCUUUGUUCACAACUUAUUCCUCACAUUGGUGCGAGUUUUGAAUUUGGUCUAUGGCGAAGGUAUCCUUUUCUGAAAGCUGUUCCAACAAGGCCUAUCAGUGUCGUCAACACAAGCAUCGUAUCAAACAGACCCAAAAAACUUAAUCACAAAAAUUGACAACUAAAAGACUAUGGCCUUCAACAUGACGCCGUUUCUCCCAAAAAACUGUUAUUUUCUGAUAUUCAACCGUGAAGAAAUCAUGUUUGGUCGAGUCUACUAUCUGACAGCUUUUAUAUGGAGUGCACUUUUACUUAUACCUUCGGCAUUUCUCAAUCUUUUACUCCUGAGAUCACUGUACUUAUCACUUGCCUUGAGGAAGCCAUCGACUCUUCUUCUCUACAGUCUCUCAGUAUCUGAUCUCCUGAUAGCCAUUGUGUUACUACCAAUUUAUUUGACCAAGAAAGUCGCAGAGUUAACGUAUAACGUUGAACUAUUUUGUUUCAUAGGAAAGCACUCAUAUUUCUUUGGGUACUUAUUUUCAGCGAGUUCCCUAUUCACAGUAACAGCCUUAUCUAUUGAUCGAUAUUUGAUCAUUCAUAAAGGCGUUCACUACGCUGAGUAUGUUACCAGAACCAAGGUCACAAUCACUGUGGUAUCAAUUUGGGUCAUUUCAAUCUUUCUGAGCUCUCUUCAGUUUGUUAUACCCACAAACGGCGUGUCUACAUUAGCGGGCUUUGUUACGGCCAUAUGUUUUUUCGUUACAGUUGUAUUUUACUACAAAAUGCUGUUAAAACUACGAAAGACUAAAAUGGAAGCGAGUCAACAAUCUGAAAGUGCAACAGAAAUUUCCAGCAUACCUAGGUACCGUAAAGUAACUCGAACAAUAAUGAUUUUGUUUAUGGUAUUCAUUUUCUGCUAUUUGCCAUAUUUUUGUACUAAAAUAGUGAUGAGUAUUAUCGGAGACGCCAAAAAAGGCGUAGAAUCCACAGAAUGUGUGGUAACCGUUCUUACUUACACGAGGGCUUUUAUCAAUCCUGUAAUACUACUUUGCCGAACUUCGGAAAUGAAGGAAGCUGCGACAUUUAUAAUGAAACGGAUUAUACCUUGCUAGGUUUAUAAGUUUAAGAAAAGUCCUUUUUUGAGUUAACAAAAUGCCACUGUGUUCAAUACCAGUUUGGCAUAGUCGAUGCAUAUUGCUGUUCUUUUUGCAGACCACACACUCAUUUGUACAUUUGGUACAACAUCCGCCUUGUGAGCUCAGUUGGUAGAGGCAUCGGUCUGUUGUGCGAAAGGUCGUGGUUCUUACCUCGGCCGGACCAAUACUCAGGGUCCUAAAAUAACUGAGGAGAAGGUGCUGCCUUUGUAAUAAUAUCUGUAAAUGGUUAGACCUUCAAGUCUUCUCGGAUAAGGACUUUAAACCAUAAUCCCAAUCUCUAGAUCCUUCCUUACCUGCAGUAAAAUGGGAGACAUUAAAGAACCUGUUGAAUUAUUCGUGAGGAGUAGGGGAUUGCCUCCCGGUUCAACAGCCUAUCCCUGUCUGGAGGCAUAACACGAAUGUACUAACAAAUCACUAAUGAUCGUAAGCUGGACAGCUGCUAAUAGCGCCUUAAUCCCUAUAUAAGAACCUCCCAUUACAGGUUAAGCCUUUUUUAUAAGUCAGUCAUUCACGGAUACCAUUAAAAUUCCGUGACAUUUCCAAACAUUGAUUAAUAGUCCCAAGUCGUGGUUGGAAUUUCCGCGCAUAGCAAUACUAUAGUUUUUAUCAUGUACGGCAACUGCAACCACGGCUUGGAACUUUUAUUUGUUGUCACUGAACGUAGCUGUAAAAUUGAGUAUUGAGGAUAAUAUUGAUAACUCCGAGCAAUGGAAAAUUUGAAUUCGAAACAUAAUUAUUGUAAUGCAGAUUUCAGUCAGCGUAAAAAAGUCCUCGAAUCUCAUUAUCUUCUCUAGAUGAUUGUCAAACACUGACCACAAUGUGAUGUCAUCCAGAAAGAAUUCUAUUGAAAACUUGUUGCAGUUCAGCAAUUCAGAUAAUGAAUAGUUGACUUCCGUACGGUACGAUACAGGAAAUGGCAUCAAGUGAAACAAGGAUUUAUGCUACCUUACGCUUACUAUUCCAUUUUCUUUAAAUCAAAUGCGAAGGCUUAUAGAUACCAUUUCAAAAAGCUAUGUAUAUAGGUCAUUUACAUCUGAAAUCCUUAGUAAGAUAGAAAAGAUAGUAAAGAUAAUAAAAAAAUAAAGGACGAAAUGCCCAUUACAAAUUAUACAAAAUUGAGGUUACACGUUAAAUGGCCAUCCUAUAUCUUGUAAAUAUUUUCAGUGUUAGACUUAGUGGUGUUUGCACGAAUACGCAGUAGGUCAGUUUAUAUCUUCGUAACAUUUUCGUACCAUUUUUAUAAAAUACGUAAUAAAACAGUUCAUUUU